AUGGAAACGAAAUGAAAGAAUGAACGAGUACCAAAAUAGAAAACUGGGAAUAGCCAUCAAAUAAAAACCCUAAGAAAUCUCAUCCUUUACAAUUGUGCUCUUCUCUCAGCUCAGAUCGUUGAAUUCCAUUAGAAUUACUAGCUGAGAGCUGUUAAAGGAUGGUAAAGUUAACGAUGAUUGCUCGUGUCACUGAUGGUCUCCCACUAGUGGAGGGUUUGGAUGAUGGCCGUGAUGUUCAGAAUGCUGAUAUCUACAAACAACAAGUCAAGGCUUUGUUUAAGAACCUUUCAAGAGGUCACAAUGAAGCUUCAAGAAUGUCUGUUGAAACUGGCCCCUUUAUGUUCCAUUAUAUAAUUGAAGGGCGUGUCUGUUACUUGACAAUGUGUGAUCGUGCUUAUCCAAAGAAACUCGCCUUCCAAUACUUGGAAGAUCUUGCUAACGAAUUUGAGCGUGUUAAUGGGAGUCAAAUUGAAACUGCUGCGAGACCUUAUGCUUUCAUAAAAUUUGAUACGUUCAUUCAGAAAACAAAGAAACUGUAUCAGGACACAAGAACCCAGCGUAACAUUUCAAAGCUAAAUGAUGAACUCUAUGAAGUUCACCAAAUAAUGACUCGUAAUGUACAGGAAGUUCUUGGUGUUGGUGAAAAGCUAGAUCAGGUCAGUCAAAUGUCCAGCCGGUUGACAUCAGAGUCUCGCAUAUAUGCUGAUAAAGCAAAAGAUUUGAAUCGACAGGCUUUGAUCCGGAAAUGGGCCCCUGUUGCAGUUGUCUUGGGAAUAGUCAUCCUCCUGUUUUGGGUCAGGAAGAAGAUUUGGUGAUCUUCCAUAUGUUUGCACUGCUAGAAUGAUCACCCUGCUUUUAAUCCUGCACGCUAGAUUGACUGUUUUAAAUCUAUAGAAGCCAGAGAUUUUGUAUUGGUAUAUGAUUCGACUUUAGUUAAAGGAUUCAGUUCAAAUAC